AUGGAUCCCCUGCUGCUAAUUUGCUCUAUACUUUUGCCCAUUGUCGCAAUUUUUGUUCUCAACUUUUUACUUACCGCAAAAUCAAACGUUCCGGGCCACUUUAGCUUCCCAGUAGUCGGUGAAAGCAUCGACUACUUCAAGAAGCUAAGAAGUGGCACGAACGAGAAGUUUGUGAUGCAAAGAAAAAAAAAAUUUGGGGACGUAUUUAAAGCAUCGGUCCUCGGUGAACAAAUGGCGUUUUUGUGUGGCCCUGAAGGCAACAAGUUCUUGUUUUCUCAAGAAAACAAGCUUGUUGAAGUAUGGUGGCCGAGUUCGGUGGAGAGUAUUAUGAAGAAGUCGCAUAAUAAGUCUGUUAUUGCUGAGUCAGCUAAGGUGCGACAAUUGUUGCCACCUUUCUUGAAAGCAAAUGCUGUCAAGAAUUAUGUUGGAGAUAUGGAUAAAGAGUUGAGACAACAUUUGAAAGAUUACUGGAUUGGCCAUGAUAAGGUUGAGGUAUGCCCAUUCGUUGCAAAGUACACAUUUGCCUUGGCCGUGAAAUUGCUUUUAGGGGUGCGCGAUCCGACUGAGUUAGAGAAGCUCGCAAAGCCGUUUGUGGAUGCAGCAGGUGGAAUCAUUGCGGUCCCAAUCAACAUUCCAGGAACAAGGUUCAACCGUGGAGUUAAAGCAUCAAACAGAAUUCGAGAAGUCAUAAACGGCAUAAUUGCCCAAAGAAGAAAGGACCUUGCUAAUGGAAUUGCCAAUCCAUCUCAAGAUCUUUUGUCUCACAUGAUUGUCGAGGUUGAUAAAAGGAAUCAGGAUCCCAUUAACGCUCCCACAACGGACGGUGACAUAUCUAGUGACUUACUAGGGUUGCUCAUCGGUGGUUACGACACUAUCAACACCACGGUCGUGUUUAUUAUGAUGACUCUCGUCGAUCACCCUGACGUGUACGAAGCAGUACUAAAAGAGCAAAUGGAGAUAGCAAAAGGGAAAGAGCCCGGUGAACUAUUGAAUUGGGAAGACUUGCGUAAAAUGAAGUACUCAUGGAAUGUCGCGUGUGAAGUGCUAAGGAUGCGUCCUCCAACUGUUGGGGCUUUUCGUGUUGCGAAAAAGGACUUCACUUAUGCUGGUUACAAAAUUCCCAAAGGAUGGAAGCUACAUUACAUCCCACAUUACACGCAAAAGAACCCUGAAUUCUUCCCAAACCCUGAGAUAUUUGACCCCUCGAGAUUUGAAGGAGAUGGGCCCGCACCUUACACGUACGUGCCAUUUGGAGGCGGUCCAAGAAUGUGCCCCGGAAACGAGUAUGCAAGGGCAGAAAUAUUGGUGUUUAUGUACAACAUAGUAACAAGAUACAAUUGGGAAAUGCUAAUUCCAGGUGAAAAGGUAGUAAUUGACCCACUUCCAAGGCCCGUUCAUGGGCUUCCAAUUAAGCUCAUUCCACAUAAGGCCCAAGCUUGA